CAGGCAUGCUAGCUGGCAGUGGAGGCUACAGCUCUGUUCUGAUCUCUCUGCUCUGAUGGGGUUUACCACCCACAGAGUCAGGGCUUGGGGUCCUGAGGGCACUGAGUGCUUCUGUCGCUGAUCCCUGACCCCAUCUAUUCCUCCCUCCCACUGGGCAUUGCUCUACCAUACCAAACCCUUACAACUUACCAACGUAGCUGUGGCUGCUAACGCAUGCUAUCCGAUGGCUAAGGAUCGAACCUCAACGAGAAGGCUAACUGGACAGCUCAUGGAUUGCUAACAGAUUGCUAAUUGGAAGCUAACCAGAACUGAACCAGAAGCUACACGGACUUCUAAUCAGGCUCUAACUGGACUGCUAAAGGAUCAGUAACCAGCUUUCAGCCCCCUCCGCCGCUUUCCGCUCACCCAAGAACGACUGACCUGGCCAGGGGACAAGAGGCUAAUAUGACAGCUGUUGUAGCAUUAUCUAUCCUCCUCUCCCUCCUCCUCCCUCUAUCUUUCUCCUGUCCUAAGGGUUGUGUCUGUGACGGCCGGACGAAAGUCGUCGACUGCCGAGGGCGGGGCUUAUAUGACAUCCCUCGCCAUCUCCAACCCGACACUCUAGAACUCCAUCUCCAAGACAACCGUAUCCGAGGGCUGGGUUCCAUGGCAUUCCGAGACACGCCCCUGCUGCGUGUUUUGGACCUAUCCAAUAACUCCAUCACUUCUGUGUCUCCCUCUACACUACUCGGUCUGAGAGGGCUACAACGUCUCAGUCUGGCCAGUAACGCCCUGAGAGAACUGGACAGAAGACUGCUAGGGCCAAUACGAUCUCUAUCACACCUAGAUCUGUCCCACAACAGUCUGACGGGUCUGCCUGGUGCUAUGGGGGAGAGCCUGAGGAACCUGUCCCAGCUAGGGCUAGCCCACAACAGGCUGCAGCGGCUGGACAAGUCCCUACUGGAGAACCUGGAGGGCCUGGGUCAUCUAAGUCUGAAAGGCAACCCCUGGAGGUGUGACUGCCAGGUCAUAGGCCUCAAACUGUGGCUGGAGACCUUCCUCUUCAGAGGUGGAGUGGUGGAUGAGGUCUCCUGCUCCAAACCAGAGGAGAUGAAGGACAAAGAUCUCCAGAAUGUUCCCUACCAGCUCUUCCAUUCCUGCAUGACCACCAGCUACAACUACCUGUUCUCCAACAUACACCACCUGGAGUCUGACAGGUCCAACAGGGGUCACACCCACGGCAACACACACGGCAAUGGCAACCCGCACGGCCCCCUGGGAAUGGGGGAGGUGUAUGGAGGAGGGGGAAGUGGUCUCCCUGAGUGCGAGCCCAAGCAGAGACCUCGCCCGGUGAACCUGCGUCAUGCCAUCGCCACGGUGAUCGUGACUGGUGUGGUGUGUGGCAUCGUGUUGAUGAUGAUGCUGGCUGCAGCAGUGUACGGCUGUGCCUACGCCGCCCUCAUGGCCAAGUACCAGCGGGAGCUGAAGAAGAGUGAGGAGACGAGUAAGGGCGAUCACGGCAGCGCGGACGAGAAGGAACCACUGGAGAACGCUAUCGCCUAGACGAUGGGAUUGAGUGAACUGUGAACUUUAACCCACAAACUUUGAAUCUGUAACUUUCAACCCUGUACCUGAAACUACUGUCAUAGGUGUGUGUGUGUGUGUGCCCUGACUUAAAAC